AUGAGCGAAACCCAAACUAUCAACACCCCCAUUUCAAUCCGCGAAAUUGGACACUCAGCGGACGUCAAGGUCCCAAAGGAUAACAGUGUACCAACAGCAAAUGGCUGGAAUGGGACAACUGUAGAAGCUACUAAGGAUCCUUAUGCGCUAAUGCGCGACUGUAAUGCGAACUCUCGACUUACAGCACAGCAUUAUCUCUGGAAAGAGCUACUUGGGUUCCUGGUUCAUCCUGAUAUUGAUACUCGGGCUGCUGACUUGAGAGUCGCUGAUAUUGCUACUGGCAAUGGCAUUUGGCUUCACGAUUUUGCUCGUGGAAAACCACCAUCCACGGAGCUUCAUGGCUUCGAUAUCAGCCUGGACCAAGUUGGCCCUAAGCCAUGGCUACCCGCCAAUAUACACAUGCAUACCUGGAAUAUCUUCGAAAACGUGCCGGAUGAGUUCGUAGGAUUCUUCGACAUUGUACACGUUCGUCUGAUCACUGUCGUUGUCAAGAACAACGACCCCAGGCCUAUUCUAGCAAACCUUAAAAAGCUACUGAGACCCGGCGGCUACCUUCAGUGGGACGAAGUUGACACAAUUGGAUGUUCGAUCAAGACCGUACCGGGGAAUUCGGCAGAUAACCUUGAUACACUCUUUUCCCAGCUCAAAGGUCGCGACACCUGGAAAUAUGAGCUCAAGCGAAUCAUGGAUGAAAGUGGAUAUACUGGCUCAGUGCUGUAUACCUACGAAUACGGACUUGGAAUGGCCCGAUUUUGGAAUGAUGUAUAUGUGAGCACAUGGAAAGAAUUUGCAGACAAUGCCCUUAAAAACCCAGAGGAAUCCGGGAAAUUGGAGCGUAACGCGAUGAUGGAGACUUUGAAUGGUGCUUCGAUUAUGGUCCCAAAGUUGGUCUGGGUGACGAAAAAGAUGGAUUGA